AUGGUAUUUCACUCGGACCACCGGUUCGCAACGUCGAACAUCCGUCUCAAAGACCUUGGAGACCUCGAAGACCUCGAAUGCUCGUCUAUUUCCUCCGAGGAUAGCAUCCCAGAUCGCUCCUCCAAUUGGACUCAAUUCUCCCAAUUCCAUCCGUCGAACAUCCUGGCGCAUUCGAAUGGACAUGAUUCACAAGAUUGGCUCUCCUACAUCGAGGAGAUACUAUACAAAUUGACAGUUGUAUUGGCACCGAGCUUUCUGCAGAAUUAUCUUGGAGUCAAAAACCACGAGCCUAACAAGCUACAUGCUAUCGCUGCACUCGAUGGCUUGCGCGGCUGGGCUUGCCUACUUGUGUUCAAUUUCCACCUCCUAUUCACGUAUACCUGGAAAGUCGCGAUCGGAUGGGGAUUUGGUGAGAAUAAUUUUGGAAUCCACCAGCUUCCCAUCAUCCAUAUGUUGAUCUCGGGCCAUAUCAUGGUGGCUAUCUUUUUCGUCAUUUCCGGCUAUGUCCUCUCUUACAAGCCCCUGAAGACCAUUCGAUCACGGGAUUUUGAUCAAACGUUCACCACUCUAGCAUCCUCUACAUUCCGGCGAGGACUGCGUCUCUACAUCCCAUCCAUCGUCGGACUCGCGUGUGUUUUCGUCGCAGUCCGACUGGGCAUCUACAACUCCUCUUGGCACGUCAUUAAGGAAGGUCACACGAUCAUGGGCACAAACGAACAACACCCACCUAUCUACGGCACCUUUAUGAGUCAGUUUUGGGACCUAUAUUACACCAUUGGGCGUCUGGCGGACCCAUUCGACUGGAACCUUUACUACAACAAUUACAACCCACAUCUCUGGACUAUCCCAUUGGAGUUCCGAUGUUCGCUCGUCAUUUUCUUAACAGCACUUGCAACCUCUCGACUAGGCUCACCCGUUCGCCUGUCUAUAGUUGCCGGUAUUAUGUGGUUCUGUAUACGUUACGGUCGCUGGGAUAUCGUCCUCUUCCUUGUUGGAAUGAUGAUGGCUGAAGUCGAUCUCAUAAAUGGAACCUGGGAGCAGCCUUCCAAUACAGGGUCCCGCGCAACAGACUCAAACAUCCACAUACGCCUUCCGCCGAGUGGUAAAAUUAUCGCCAGCAUUUCUCAGCGCCGUUUCUGGAUCGCCGCAUUUAUAGUCGGCCUGUACUUCGGCUCGACCCCAAACCUCGGCUUCAAAUGGACACCAGGCUACUGCUGGCUCUGGAACUUGACACCUAAGACAUACCCCGAGCCACACCGGUUUCCGCAAACCAUAGGUGCGGCUCUGAUCGUGUUUAGCGUCAAUCAAUCACCGGCCAUUCAGCAGCUAUUUACCAAUUCAGUCUCACAGUACCUAGGCAAGGUGUCAUACGCUUUCUAUAUAGUCCACGGACCGAUCCUUCACGCGCUAGGAUAUGCACUCAUGCCCAAUAUCUGGCGCAUUACGGGCAAAGAAACGAACUUUCAAUUCUGCUUUGGACUCUUGAUAAAUUGGAUGAUUUGCUUGCCCGUCUCUAUUUGGGCCGCCGAUAUUUUCUGGCGUGCUAUUGACAUUCAUAGUGUCAAGUUUGCUCGCUGGGUAGAAGACUGGCUUACUGCUCAGCGUAAGCCGGUAUCUAUACCUCGGGAUAAUUCGCGAUCUCACAAUUAA